AUGAUGGCGCCUCUGGAUGACCUAUUUGCUCGUUAUACAGGACAAACGGUUCCAGUCUCCUUUAAUGUCGGUUUCGUCGCUCUCAGCUAUGUUGUGAGCCUUCUGGGCGCAGGAUCAACUCUCGAGUUGAUUAACCGGCGCACGUCGUUGAAGGGUCUCUACAAUCACUUUUUGCUACUGGGUGCAGCUAUAUCUAUGGGAGGCAUCGCUAUCUGGUCGAUGCACUUCAUAGCCAACCGUGCAAUUAUCCUCCUCGAUGGCGAACCAGAGGUCCAGAUCGCUUACAAUACCGGCAUCACAGCUGCAUCAUUCUUUGUUCCUAUUCUAGUUCUUUUACUUGCAUUUGUAGCCGUCAACUCAAGCGACGAAGUCAAAUGGUGGAGGGUCGUGGUCUCCGGAUGUCUAUCUGGAGGUGCCAUCUGCGGCAUGCAUUAUCUUGGCGACGCAGCCAUAAGCAACUACCACUGCGUAUACGUCACGGCAAAUGUCGUCGGGGCUGCAGUAAUUGCUGUCACCGCCAGUACCGUCGCCCUGUCGCUAUUUUUUGUCUUCAAAGCUGCCUGGACCAACUCAUGGAUACGACGAUGUGGAUGUAUGAUCAUAUUGGCAGGCGCUGUAUCAGGCAUGCAUUGGUGCGCAUCAUUGGGCACCCACUAUGUUCUGCUGGAGUCAGCUGUCGGUGAUAGCGACAGUGGAUCGCGGAACACCACGACGAUCGUCGUCAUCUGUUUAUCAGCGGCUGCAUCAUGCAUCCUUGUUUUUGUUUCGGUCCUAUCUGCGCGAAAUAUGAGGAAGUAUGCCAUCAAGGCGCAGCAGGUUGUCCUGGCAGUGGCGGUAUUUGACAAGCAUGGGAGAAUUCUUGUCAAUCCAGACGGCCUCGUUCCCAGCGAGAAGGUCACCGAAACUUUCCCACAGAAAUCACACGACGAUGUCUUCACUACGGCUCACCCGUUAUUCCACUGGAUGUACCGCGCAUCCAGAAACUGGUCAAGCAUCUCUACUUUACUUCCCUGGAUUACAACGCAUCUCGACAAUCUGCCACGCACUACCCGCGGUGCUCGUCACGGCACCAGGCUGUUUGAAGAAAACGGCCAAUUAGUAGAGAACUACGACAUCAUUUUUCGCGAGCUCUUCUGUCUGGCGGCGGACACGCUAGCAUCCAGGAUGCAGGAAAAUAUUCAAGAUCUUGGAAAACUGUGGGGUGAAAUCCUCCAUACUGGCGCGGAAGUGAAAACGGCAGCUCGAAUGUCGGAAACCUUUGAUGUAGUCACCAGGUCAGCACCAAAAGAAGAGGCGAAAGAUCUGAGUCAGCUCGAGAGAGGGAUUAGCCAAAGAAACGACGGAUAUGGCCGUGGAUCACUCAUGUUCCUUGUGCGCCAUGUGAAGAGCCAGAGUGAAAUCGCAAGGCUGGAAGCUGCCGGCUACAGGUUUGCCGAAACACACAGAGUGAUUGAUAUAAUCAAAUCGAGUAUGCAGAUUAAGACUCGCCACCUGGAACAGAAGCUGAGAGAAAUGGCCAACCAUUCUGAGCUCGACGGCAUGCUCGAGCCAGGAGUGCAUGUCGGGCUUUUCGCCUUGCGUGCCAGGGUGGACAAGUUUGGAUUCGAUGUUAUGGUUGACGCGGAGACGCGAAGCAAUCUUCCAACACAAAAAUUGCCAUAUCGCAAGAUGGAGCAAUGGCAAAAGGACAUUUUGUCUGACGUUGAGGGCUUGCCUGUACAAACACUGCUGAUCAGACUUGCCAUGAUGCAAGACGGUUCGCCGCGCGAAGUGGAGUUUGCCAGUCAGCUGAGGAGCGCCAUUGCAAAGCUGAGAGGCGAAAUAGACGAUACGGCACUUGACAGUGCGGUGCUAUCGUCAAAGGUGGUCGAAGCUCCCUGCCUACCAUUAGACAACACCCAAACAACACCUACAUGCUCUCUCAUUACCUUGCAGGUUGUCCUCGAUAUCAAUAGCAGGAUCCUAAAUCGGAAGUGCGACUUCAUCCCACUCCAGUUUCUCAAGGUUCAUCAAAUGGUGUACGACAACUCUGCCCACCAUGCUGCGUUUUCACGGGCUCUGCAUCGAGAAAUGUCUUCCGUUAUGACAUUUGACCCUUCACCUCAAUCAGUACAUAGGUUAGGAAAAAGGACGUUGAGUCACAGCUCAUCUAUGGUCAACCUCACCAGACCACAAGAUGGCUUCUCAGCACCAUCCCAAUCGUCAGGUCGCACAUCACCCGUGUUCGACGAGCCAGAACAUACUAAACCCUCGCUUUUCGGGGCAUCAUGGUCUCGCAAGAGAUCGCCAUCGAAGUGGCUGAGGUCAAACAGGAGAAAAAGGAGACGAUGGCCAGCCGCCUACAUAUUCACACGCCUUCGCGGACAAGAGGUAUCUUGCGCAAGAACUCAGUCAAUCUGCAAACUGUCGACACGGGAGGUGGUAAAACAAUUGAGAUGUGUCGAGUCAAGACCCCGACAACGGCGAUAUUGA